AUGGCCCAGGAACCAACAGCCGAUGAGACAGACGCAUGGAAUGUAUCGUCUCAACCGGAGGAUGCCACAACUAUAGCCGCAACGACUUUCAGGGAAGGUGGGUUGUCGCAUCCCCUGGCCGCGGACGACUCCAAGGAAACGCACGCACCGGACCUCAAGUCACCCCUAAGCGAAGAGGACUUUUCUGCAUGGGAUAUGCCACACGAUUCGAACGUCGUUUCCCCUCAGGACGCGAACACGAACGCGAACGCCCUCACCGGGAAUGCGCCGACCUCCCUGGACGCUGCUAUACUUGAUACUCAAAAGUCGGACCAGACAAUGCGGUCAGCUCCCACGGAUGUGCCUACAUUGACGGAGAAGCCAGAAGCUCCCGCGCAUACUUUAGCCAAUGGGUUUGAACCGGUACACUCGGAACCUGGCCAGUCCUCCGAAGCCCCUGUCGAAGCAGCCUUAACAUCUACGGAAACGGCGAAUCAUUCUUCUACCCCAACUUCAUCGGAAGAGAUGACACGUCGAGUUCAUUUCGAUGAACAAAAGGAUAUCCCCAUGCAAGCUGAAGAGAAGGAUGAUGCAGAGGUGCCGAUCGCAGAGCAACAGGAUUUGCCAAUCGAAUCCGAACAAAAUGUUGAUCUAGACGAACCGGUCAUUGAUGAGGCCGUGCAGUCGGAACCCCAGGAGCAUUCGGACGUCGAGACUGCUAUUGCGCAUGUCGAACGAACUCCAAUCACCGAACGCCACAUCUUGCCUAUCGAGCCCGAACGCAAGGACGACCUUACCGGGCCCGCCAUUGAAGACACUGUGCAGACUGCGACGGCGGAAGGUCACUCGGCCAUUGAGACAACCCCGACACAACUCGAAACUACUGAGCAACAGACCCAGGUCGGAGCUGCAGGUCAGAAUGAUCUCAAAGAGCCUGCCAUUGAAGACGCGGCGCAAGAUCCCUGGGCUAUCGAGAUAACCCCAACGCAACCUGAAUUUGCUGAGCCACAGGACCCUCAAGUCGAAGCCGCGGGUCAUGAUGAUCCGCAUGUCCCCGCCAUGGAAGAAGCUCCCAAAUUCGACGUUCAUGAACAAGCUGUUGCUUUAGUGCCUGCCGUGGAAUCUGCACAGCUGGAACCUGGUAUGAAACAACCCCUGCCAGUUCAAGCGGAGGGAACGGACGGCAAUGACGAGUUCACCAAUGAGCAUGUGGGAACAACUGUGAAGCAGGAAAUGGACCUGGGGGCACCUGCCACCCAGACCGUGCGCGGUCAGCUUGACCAACCUCAAACCGCUCAAGUAGAAGUGAACGCCAUGUUCGAUAAUCAGGAGCCUCCUGUCAAAGCUGCCGCUCAACCGGAUCUCCCAGAGGAAUCGACUUUUAAUGCAGCAACCGUGGAGGGAAACGCCGAUGGGGAUAAUCUGUGGAGUAACGAAGUAGGACCCGACGUGGAUUCGGAUGGGGACGACUUCUUCAAUCAACUCAAGACUCAAACAAAGCCUAUCUUUGCACCCCCGGAGUCUGAAUCCAGGUUUGAAGAAGGAGUUCCACUGCUGGAUGAUACAAACCCAACUUCUCCCCCGCUGCCUAUCCCCCAGAGAAAAUCUGUUGACAAUCCCUUUGGCAACGAUGAGGAUGAUGGAGCCGAUUUCUUUACCUCUAUUCAAAACCCUCACGCGAGCAAAGAGCUUCCAAUUCGUCACAUCACUCGCAAGAGCACGACACAAGUGAUGGAAUCGAUGGGAUUCGACAUUGACUCUCCAAAAAGUGAUAUCUCAGCGGCUGCCCAGCUUGAUGAGGUUUUGAAGCUUGCGGCAUCUGGGGCGCAAACACCACAAGCACCUCAAGAACCGCAAGCGUCUCAGGUUCCUCAAGCCCAACCAGAAGCUCCUGAACCUUCGGAAGAAGAACUGGCAGCUCGUUGGCAGGCAGAACUCAGUGACGUUGGGGAGGAUGAUCUUGCGGCACAGUGGGAGGCUGCGCUUGAUGACGACGACUUGCUGCUUGGAGACGAUGUUGCUCCACCUGUUGAGGCGCAACCCGUUCUACAGAGCCCUGUGCAGCCUACAACUAAUUCUUCAUCCACCGGCUUGAUCAGCCCUUUCGAGACCCCACAGAGCUAUGCUCGGCCCAGGCCAGCGCUUAGCGUGUAUACGCCACAUCAACCGACUACGGGAGAUUUGAUGUCAGGGGUCCCUCUACCAGCGAAUGGAAUUGUUCCGCCUUAUUUCUCUCAGCAGCCACGAAACCCAGUGGCGUCUAGGGGAGAGAGUUUUGCUGAGGCCUCGAAGGAAGGAUAUAAAUCUCCUUAUGAUCUUCCAGAUGAUCUGUCUCGGCCCCGACGGCCUAUUGCUACAUCUAAGCCGGCUCCACCACCCGUGGCCAACACUAUGCCGCCGCCACCUUCCAGGGACAUGGGCAUGAUGCAGCCGCCUGUUUCAUCUACCAUGCUUCCUCCGGCUGCACCUGUAGCGGCUCCGCCACCAGCCCCGAAGAACUUCUUCGAGGAACUUCCUUUGCCAGCUCCCAGGUCUAGGCCUGCCAACUCCGGGCGAUAUUCUCCUAAUCCUAAUGCGGCAGCGCCGACUGGACCAUCGCAUAUACUACCUCCCCAAACCCCAUAUGCGGCUGUUCCUGCUUCUGCGCCUGUCACUGGGCUUGCUCCUGCUGCUGUGGCACCCCCGCCUGUGCCAACCGACGUACUUCCGGCCCAGUCUCCCCUACAGCCGCCUGAGCGCCUGGAACCUUACGGAUCUACAUUGGCGACGAGUGCACCUGCUGGCCCUAGUGCAGCUUCCAGGUAUUCUCCGGCACCGCCGAGUGCGCAAGUCCCUGGAAAGCCGUCUCAGUUGUCAAGGUACUCGCCCGCACCACCGCCAGCAGCUUCUGCCCGGAACCGCUACGCCUCGCAGCCUUUGUCUGUUCCUGGCCAAACUCAUAACCUACCGUUCCAGCCUCGGACAUCAAGCCCUCUUGCAUACCACGAAAAGGUCUCUUACAAACCCGAAAGUGCACAGCAACCGCAACCACCAUCGUUGCAACCCUCGGUUGAUCUUUCUCCGCCUCGUGCCCAGCGACCGAGUAUCGAUCGGGGAUCAUCCUACGCUCCACAAUUGCCAGAUGGACCGCCCGAUGUUGUGAGCCAAACAUCCGGCCCACCUGUUGGUCACCGGCAGACUUCUCCGCCUGUCACGAAUCGGUACGCCCCUCAGGAGUACAUGAACGAAUUCGCUAAGCGUGUAACACCGACCACGGCUCAUGCUUCACCGGCCCCGCCGAUGCCUGCUCCUAGCUCUCCUCAGGCUACCGGUGCGCAGGUGGCCCCUCUUCGAUCCCAAACCCAGUCUCCAGGCCAACACAUGACGAGCCCACAGGCAUCCGUCCCUCCGAUUUCAAAUCUGCCGCGUCCAGCUUCGGUGCAUGGUUCGAGCUCCCCCACCAAGACCUCGAACCCCUAUGCGCCGUCGCAGCCCUCCGUGCAAAGUCGAGCUCGAGCGCUUUCUCAGCGCGGCCUUGGGUUCAUUACCCCCACUGAUGGCCAAGAACAUGACGCCCUUGAGCGAUGGAAGGGUGCACCUAUUUUCAAGUUCGGAUUUGGCGGCGCUGUGUUGUCGUGCUUCCCCAAGCACAUCCCUCGGUAUUCUGCCGGUCAGACAGCGCCUAUGAUCAUGCCCAGCCCGGGCGAGAUCAAGACUGCUCCGCUCAAUCAAUGGCUACCGGUAGCGGAGACCAUCGUUCAGCAUCCUGGACCCCUGAAGACCAAGGGUAAGAAGAAGGAUCUAGUCUCCUGGCUUUCAAGCAAGAUUGUGGCAUUCGAAAAUGAGCCGACUCCUGACUUUGAUCUUUCUCAUCCCGAAUCCCAAAGGCGCCAUGAAGAAAGGAUCUUGCUUUGGAAGGUCAUGAAAAUUUUGGUUGAAAACGAUGGUUCCUUGGAGAAUUCACCUGCGAUUGAGAAAUCCCUCCGCCAGGCUAUUUUCCCACAUCUUCCGGAAGCCGGGCCUGAAGGUCCUUAUGGGGGCAGCUUCGCUACAUCGGGGGGUUCCUUUAACGCGCCCUCUCAGCCUGAUGCUGUUGACCCACAGUCGGUUGAGGAGCUACGAAACCAUUUGCUGCAAGGAGAUCGCGAGAAGGCAGUUUGGGGCGCAGUCGAUCGUCGUCUUUGGGGACACGCGAUGAUUGUUGCAUCCACGAUGGAUAAGUCCAUUUGGAAGCAAGUCGUUCAAGAGUUUAUUAGGCGCGAGAUUAGGUCCUCUGGUGGUAACACCGAAUCACUCGCAGCACUCUACGAGAUUUUUGCUGGCAACAUCGAGGAGAGCAUUGAUGAACUCGUUCCUCCUUCUGCAAGGGCGGGCCAUCAAUUGAUUAGCAUGGCCGAUGGCCAGGGCACGACCAAGAAUGCCCUUGACGGCUUGAACAGUUGGAGAGACACCCUUGGUUUGGUGUUGAGCAACCGUAGCUCUGAAGAUCACCAGGCACUGUUGGCUCUUGGCCGCCUGCUGGCAUCAUAUGGUCGAACUGAAGCUGCACAUAUUUGCUUCAUCUUCUCUCGGGCCGCUGUCUUUGGCGGCGCCGAUGAUCCCCAGGCUAACAUUGUCCUUCUUGGCGUGGACCACCAGCAGUUCCCUUCGGGUCUUCUGAGCGAAGAUGCCUUCCUUCUGACUGAAGUUUACGAAUAUGCUACGGCUGUAUUGGGCAACUCCACUGUGGCCAAUCUGCCUUAUCUGUUAGCCUUCAAGCUUCUGCACGCCAAGCAGCUGGCUGAUCGGGGGCGCACCUCCGAGGCAAAUACCUAUUGCGAUGCCGUGGCCGUGUCUGUGAAAGCAACCACUCGACCUUCGCCCUACCAUCACCAGCACUUGUUCACUGAAGUCGAUGAACUCUCUGCACGACUUCGCCAAACCAUCACCGACGGGGGUUCUUCGUGGAUCUCGAAGCCGAGUAUGGAGAAGGUGUCUGGAUCUAUGUGGGCUCGAUUCAACAGCUUUGUCGCUGGUGAUGACGCAGACCCUGCAUCCUCGGGCUCCGUAAAAACAGGCGAGGCUGCAGAGUUUGGUCCCUUCGCCAACGUGGCAGGAACGCCAACUGUUAGCAGGUCUCCUUCUGUCUCCGAUCUGUAUGGAUCUUACCCCGGGCAUGGAGCACAGUCGGUUCCAGCCGGUGCCUCUUCGCGUUACAUGCCGUCAAGCCAGUAUGCGCCCACCUCAUCCCCCGAACAAUUCCGUGGCCGAUCAUCAUUGGAUUCCCAGAGAUCGACUUCAUUCGGCGGGAUGCCGGUUGGACAGCGUCGAAGCUCGGCAGACUACCCAUCUCCCCCGGUUGAGUCCCAGACAUUCCAGGGAGGCUCCAUGUACGGCUCCUCGCCAGGGAGUGCUGGGUACCAGCCUACUCCGCCUCAGACAUCGUACAUGCCUCUUGCUCCGGUUGAAGAGAACGCGUCUACUUACACCCAGUCGCAAGGUGACGCGGCUCCCCCAAUGCAGCCUACAGUGAACGGCCUAUUCUACCAGCCAGUCGGACAGGAUACUUCGGCAGUUAGCCGGUCGCCCUAUUACCAGGGUCCGCCUGAUAUGCCACAGUCUGACAGUCCUUAUAUGCCGCAGUCGGAUAGUCCGUACAUGCCCCCGGCCAAUGGCAAUGCUUAUGCUCCCCCGUCGUAUGUACCGGACAUCAACGCUGCCCCAGAAGAGCCGGAGCAACUGCCAAUGGAAGAGGAAACGCAACCCAAGAAGAAGGCGUUCCCGGACGAUGACGAGGACGAUCUCGCUGCCCGGGCCGCUGCCAUCCAGAAGGCAGAGAACGAUCGCAAGGCAGACGAGGCCUUCCGAAAGGCCGCUGAAGAAGAUGCCAAAAAAGACGCUCAGCAACAGAAGAAGGGUUGGUUCGGUGGAUGGUUUGCAGGUGGCAAGAAGGAAGCCGAGCACUCGGGCGGCGGUCCUAUCAAGGCCAAACUCGGCGAAGAGAACUCGUUCUAUUAUGAUAAAGAUCUGAAGAAAUGGGUCAACAAGAAGGAUCCUGGAAGUGCCGAACCUGUUCGCGCCACGCCGCCUCCACCCCGAAGCUCCGCUCCUCCCAGCCGCGCCAGCUCCGGUAGCAUGCCUCCGCCUCCACCUCCCGGCGCCCCGAUGUCCGCCGCUUCAGGUAGCCGACCUCCAUCUUCCUCAAGUGAUAUCCCGCCAUCCCUGUCAUCAAGUCCUGCGUUCUCCAAUCUUGGUGUCGCGCCACCAACCCUGGGCAACCUCCCUCGAUCGUUCUCUACUGGCGCGACUGUUACGGUGCCGCCUGGUAGUGUAACGUCCGCCCCUGGUCCGCCCCGACCUACAUCUUCUUUGAGCCACGCUCAGUCCAUUGACGAUCUUCUCGGUGCUCCUACCGCACGGAAGGGGAACACUGUUCGCGGCAAGAAGAAGGGCCGUUACGUCGAUGUGAUGGCUAAAUGA